AUGUUCUACCAUCAACCGUCCGACGAUCCGGGCGUCCGGCCAUCCGAGCUCGAGCUUUUAACCACUAGCGUCCACCCCAAGGCGCAGCUUCCGGUGCCAUGGGCAGAAAUCGUCACUUCAUUGCCCGUUUGGUCGGUGAUGUUAGCAAAUUUCGGUUCGACUGUGUUCUACGUGGUCCUCAUCAUGUACAUGCCCGUCUAUCUUAAGUACACAAUGAAAGUCGAUAUCGCAAACAACGGUUUCAUGUCUAUGUUGCCGCCACUUGGCCAGAUGGUCGUCAUGUACAUAGCCGGGAGAUUUGCAUCGCUGAUCCAAACCAAAAAAUGGAUGGACGUCUCGGCUAUCAGAAAAGUUUUUAGUUGUAUCGGUAUGGCAGUACCAGCAGUUCUACUUUCGGUCGCCACGGCUAUACCGAAUAGUUACAUAUUCUACAGUUUUCUAGUAGUAUCGUACUCCCUAUCUGGUUCUGUGUUCUCUGGUUUCCGGGUCAGUCAGAUCGAAAUGGCUCCAAACUUUGUGGCUGUUAUCACGGCGCUUGGCGAUAUUUUCGGCAGCCUAGCAAUGAACCUUACUCACAUAGCGUUCAUUUUAAUCAUAGGAGAUUCUUCCGAUCAGAUGGCAUGGAACGAAAUAUGUUGGAGUUUGAGCGUAAUACUCAUUGUGAGUCUCAGUCCGUUCGUCUUGUUCGGGAAUAGCAAAAUACAAUCGUGGAAUACACCCAUAACAUCAGCAAUGAACGAACCAGUUGCAAUAUAA